AUGAGCUCCAGGGGCCCCCCUUCCCUGCCGCUCCUCCUGGCACUGCUGCUGCUGCUGCUGAUGCAGGUCGACCUCAUCAACAGCUUCCAACAAGAACAUGAGGAUCUUACCAAUCAAAUGCAGGGAGACAGCCACCGGCCUCUACGGCGAUCCAAGAGAAGAUGGGUUGUCACCACCUUGGAGCUGGAGGAGGAAGACCCAGGACCCUUCCCGAAGUUUGUUGGAGAGCUACUCAAUAAUAUGUCUGACAACACAUCACUGAUAUACUUAAUCAGCGGGCCCGGUGUGGAUGAAUAUCCUGAGAUUGGUUUGUUUUCCAUAGAAGAUCAUCAGAAUGGAAAAAUAUAUGUUCACCGCCCUGUGGACCGAGAGACAACACCAUCUUUCACGGUUCAUUUCGAUGUUGUGAAUCGCUUGACAGGAGAGAUCAUGGACAACUCCUUGAUCUUCAACAUCAAGAUCACUGACGUGAAUGACCACGCACCCCAGUUCACUGAGAAGGAGUUCAACGUCAGCGUGAGAGCGAGCCAUGAAGCAGGUCAACCUAUUUUUCAGAUGUCAACAGUUGAUUUGGACCAAGAAAACACUCCAAAUUCUCGAGUCCUCUACUCCCUUGUUUCUCAAACGCCGUUACUGAAGGAAAGUGGAUUCAAGAUCGACCGCGACAGCGGAGAAAUCUGGCUCUCGGGAUGCCCCGAGUAUGAGACUGCUCCUCAGUUCACACUACUGAUCAGAGCGAGGGACUGCGGGGACCCACCGCUGUCGGCCACGGCCACGGUUCACGUCCACGUGCAGGAAGGCAACCACCACAGGCCCACGUUCACCCAGGACAAUUACCAGGUGCAGGUCCCCGAAGGCCGAGUCCGCCCCGAUGUGCUGCGUCUCUCAGUCCGAGACGGCGACUCACCAUUCACGUCAGCCUGGAAGGCAAAGUUCAACAUAUCCGAUGGCAACCAAGAGGGACACUUUGACAUCCUGACCGACCCCGAGACCAACGAAGGGAUCUUAAAUGUUAUCAAGGCUCUGGAUUACGAGGCGCACCCCACAUGGAGUCUCAUCGUCGCCGUGGACAACGAGGAGCCGCUCUCCCCCUGCGCACGACACACGCUCCAGGAGCCGACGGGGGCGGCGGCCAGCGUCACGGUGAGCCUGCAGGUGACGGAUGCCAACGAGCCGCCGGCCUUUCACCCCGGGAGCUUCGUGGUCACCGAGGUGGAAGGCGCCAGGCCCGGGACCCCUCUGGGAAGAUUCAGUGCCACGGACCCAGACAGAACCGGCGGCCAGAUAAGGUAUGAACUGGUUCACGACCCUGCGAGCUGGGUGGCCGUGGACGAACGCUCAGGAGCAGUCGUCACCAGGCAGCAGAUUGACCGGGAGUCCCCUUACGUGAAUGACAGCUUCUACGUCAUCAUCGCACAUGCUGUUGAUGACGGCCACCCGCCGCAGACGGGGACGGGGACCCUGAUGCUCUUCCUGUCCGACGUGAACGACAACGCCCCGACGCUCCAUCCCCGCUCUCAGUACCUGGAGGUCUGUGAGUCCUCGGGGCCCGAGCCCCUCCUCGUCGAGGCGGAGGACCGCGACCUGGAGCCCUACUCGGACCCGUUCACCUUCGAACUGGACACCACCCAGGGAAACGCAGGGGACACGUGGAAACUGGGGGAGAGCAGGGGUUGGUCGGUUGAACUUUUAAUGCUGAGAAGCCUGCCCCCUGGUGAUUACUCAGUGCCGCUUGUCAUCGGAGACAGACAGGGGCUCUCCCAGAAACAGAGUGUCCGCGUGAGGGUCUGUUCCUGUCCCGGCGGAUCCACGUGUGCAGCAGAGCAGUCGGCCGCGGGGCUGGAGCUCCCUGCUCUGCUCUUCGCAGUGUUCACGGCUCUGGCAGCUGCUCUGCUCCUCCUGCUGUACCGCGCUUGUGCGUCUGCAGCCAGGAGGCGCCGCCGCCCCUACCGGCGAGACGAAGGCCAGCAGACCCUGAUCAAGUACAACGACGAGAGCAGGGCCCACGAAGCCCAGCUUGUUAGCUUCGCCAUGUUGAGCAAAUGGCCCUGGUCAAGGUCCAGCUGUGGGAGGGACGAAAGCCCCAUGCAGGACAAGGGGCCUGUCUUCUUCUGGGCAUCGCAGCGCCACCUACAGGCCCUCCGGACUCCCGUCGUGGUGACGGUCUCGGCCCCUGGACGGCCGAUCAAGCUGGUCGGCAAGACUGCACAGGGGCUUCGGGUCUCCAAGGGGAAGCGGAUGGGGUCAGAGGUCAGGGAUCAGAUGCCAGCCCUGCAGAUCGACGCAGCGGAGGAAGGCGCCAAGCUGGGUGCUAAGAAGCUCUGCGGCCUGGACCCACUGGCUGAGGACCCUGGGUCCCUGCCUCACAUCUACGUGGAGGAGGGAGCCUGGGACCAGGCAGAGACCCUGAGCUCACUCUCCUUCUCGGAACACAGUCUGCCGUCUGACCUGAUGCUCUGGCUGGGGGCCAAGGCCUGA